AUGUUUAAAAAAUUUAACAUUAAAGAAGAUAUAGCGACUCAAUCCUUAGUAAAAACGUCAGUUCAAAGAAAUAUUCGUGCUAAAAUUUUAGGACAAUAUAAUAAAUUAGAAUCUGUAAUUGAAGAAGUAUUGCCAAAAAAGUCCUCAUUAGCCUUAGUAAAAUG